AUGCGGACUUCAGCUGGCCUCGGCUGUAUCCUUUCACACGAGAAUUUUGAGGUUGCCAAACGCUUCGGGAGGGAGGCACAAGAUCGCAGCUUGUUGGUGAGCAAAACCGAGUCCCGAAGACGUGUCCUCUGGCCACUGAGAUUGCCGAUCCAUUACCUGUGGCCGGUACCAGUGGACCAAAAUAAAGCAAAAGAUGCUACCUCAUCGCCUGAAGUCCCGUCAGCACAACCAGUGCCUGAUGGCACUGGUUGGAAAAGAUAUGGCAGUCAGUUGACGAGCUGUCCAAGACAGACGCGAAACUCUUGCUUCAGAAAGCUCACCUGA